CCGCCUCUCUUCACGACGUUAACCCUCCAACCCACAUACGCCCCAGUCCAUGGCCGAUCGCCAGAAAGUCGACGCCCCCACCGGCUCUGAUGCUGGCUCCCUCUCAAAGGCAGAUGGCGCAGGCCCCAAAGCCAUCAUCAAGAACGUCGACAUGGGCGACGACAUGCAGCAGGAGGCAGUAGACAUCGCUUCCGCCGCCCUCGAGAAGUACAACAUCGAGAAGGACAUCGCCGCACAGAUCAAGAAGGAGUUCGACAAACGCCACGGUCCUACCUGGCACGUCGUCGUCGGCAAGAACUUUGGCUCCUAUGUCACCCACGAAACCAAGCACUUCAUCUACUUCUACAUUGGCUCCCUUGCCAUUCUCAUCUGGAACCGGAGACUCGAGGAGCUGGAACGAGCAGCAAGUCGCCGUGCAGGGAAGGGCGUUGGAUUGAAGGUCCACCGGGGCAUGCGUUCCACGCUCGCAUACUACUGGCAGCAGAAGCAGCAGCAGCAGGGGUCUUGGACGGUCCCCGCUGUCGAAUCCGCCGUAACAAGAUUAUUGGUUUCUAUCAAAGCCCUCCUCGAAUCACUCACGCAAUGGAGCAAAAGCUCCGUCGACGAGAAUCAAGUCAGUGAUGUUUACGUCCGACUUGGAAAUGACUUCAACUCUGCUGUGGCCGCCUUUGGAGCCUUCGGGAUCGACAUGAGCGAACUUGCAUCCGUACCAGAAGACCUCCGCUCUGUCCUCGAGGCCUGUCUCUCAGAGGACGCCACGCCCGAGAACCUCGAGGUUUACCUCCCCGAAGUGCGCAAGAUUAUCACCAGCCUUCUCCAAGGACUACGUGGAAAGCAGUCCAUAUACCGACGCAUCGUCUCCGAUCAAAAGCGUUCUGAAGGAGGCAGUGAUCGGGACUCUCGCUCAUCGAGAUCAGAACGCCCGCGGGGAGACGACCGCGACGCCGCUCGUCAGUCCUCCCGCGGGCCCACGCCGUCCACCGAUGGACCGCCUUCACGUAGCAAGACGCCCUCCGGCUCGUCAAGACGUAAGCCAUCCACCUCUGAGAACGUUCCACCCCCCGCUAUGCCAAACGGGUCAGAACCGUUCGUCGGCGGGUUCGCUCCACCCGGCGCCUCUGCAGACCCCGACACACGGCCAUCGCGUUCCUCUACUCCCAUGCAGGCUCGUCCAUCUUUCACACAGUCAGGCAGCUUCCAAGCUCCCCGUGCGUAUUCCACUUCUUCAGCCGACCCCAACUUCCCUCGCGAUCCCCGAUCACACACAAACGGCUUCGGCACACCCCCGCCUCCCGAACAGCCUCUCCCUCCUCCACCUCCCGCCCAAGCACCAGUGCCCAGCCACGUCAAGCGAUUUUCGCUCGUUGACGCUCCUGUCCCCCCACCCCCAUCUGUAGUCGUCAAUGACGGCUCUCCCGCUCCUGGAGUAGCUUCGUUGGAUGGCAACUCCCCUCCCACAAGCCCUCCUGCGGAGAACUCGCCGCUCGAUCAGAGCGCGCCCGCGGUCCAGACGUCGCUCGCCGCGCUGAAGAAGGCCGAGGCGCUCGAGCGGCGCGCAUCGAAGCGCUUCUCGACGUACAACAUUUCCAAGAUGACCGGCGGCGGCGGCGGCGGCUCCAUGCGCGUAGCGGGGGGCGGCGGGGGAAACCGCCGCUCGCUCCUCGCCGCGAACGGGAUGCUCACCCCCGCGGAGCUUGCUGCGCUGGCGGAGGAGGGCGAGAACGCGAGCCCGAGGAAGAAGGGUGGCAAGUCGGGGAGAGCAAGGGGCCCAUCGCCGAUCGCGGAGGGCGACGAGCCUCCGCCUGUGCCGCCGCUGCCCCAGACGAAGAGCCCAUCGCCGCAGCUGCGGCCGGUGCCUGAUCAGGAUAAGGAGAAACCGGCGGACACAACGCGCGUGUCCACUGCCGAGUCCGAGAGCUCGGGGCCGCCGACAGGGCCGUUCCCGGUGUUCUUGCAGGUGGGGAGGGAGGUGAAGAAGGUGAUGAUUGAACCUGGGAUGUCGCUGGCGACGCUGCGAGUGUUGUUCGUGGACAAAUUCUCGUAUAGUCCGGGACAAGACAACUUUCCAGCGAUUUAUAUCCGAGAUCCCUCUAGUGGGGUGCAGUACGAGUUGGAGGACGUGGACGAGGUGAAGGAAAAGGUUCUGUUGUCGCUCAAUAUCGAACCCCUUGACCAGAUCAAGCAGCACAUCGACUCCCAGAUAUCGACACUGCAGCAGGAUAUCAAGGACCUCCGAACCGCUGUCGUCAGCAACCGACGUACAUCCACCAUCAUCACCCAGCCUAUUGCGGAAAGCACGCCCGUCGCGCCUCGACCUUCAGAACAGAAGUUUCGCGAUGUCGCUCGUCGUAUAUCGCGCUUACUUCCCGACCAUGGUGGAUUCCCUGAGCGUUCUCAGAGCCCGACGCCGAUCGCAGAGCCGUUACAGCCUCAAUUCACCGGUGCCACGCUCCAGCCUCAGAUGACGGGCAUGUCUAUGGCGUCCGAGUAUACCACACGCGUCGUCUCGGAUCUGAAGACUCAGUUUGACGAGGUGCAGAACCUUCGGCGCGACCUGGGCAUCAUGCGGCAGCUGUACACAGAGUUUAUGAAACAAACCAAGGAGUCACUCGGCACGCUCCGGCAGCAGACGCAGACGGUCAAGCAGCUGUCGACGCAAAAGGUCGGCGGCGCGCGCGCGUACAUCGACACUGGCAAGGCGAAGCUUGACACCCGCUCGUCGAACGUGCUUACGAAGAUGGAGGAGCUGCAGGACACCGUCGAGGGUAUCAAGGACGACGUGCUGAAGCGCAAUGUGUCCCCAAAGACGUUCUUCCUCAAGCAGGUCAAGGGCGAUAUCGAUUCGGCCGCGACGGAGCUGCAAAGUCUCAGGGACCACAUCCAGACGAUCAAGCCGAUGUGGAAGAAGACGUGGGAGGAGGAGCUGCAGAAUAUCGUCGAGGAGCAGCAAUUCCUCCAGCACCAGGAGGAGUUCCUCGAAGACCUGUUCGAGGAUCACAAGGCUGUCGUCGAGGUCUUCGGACACGUCGAGAAGGUCAUAUCCCUGCGUGGAUCGGCGUCGAGCAAGCGCCGGGCGCCCGCGUUCAGGCCGCCGCCAAUGGAAGAGGGUCACGGCGGGCUAAGCACGGUGAUGUUGGAGAUCAAGAGCGCGGCGGUGGACCCAGAGAAGCGCUUGAAGGCGAUCGCGGCGAAUGAGAAGAAUAGGGAGCGUGAGCUCGCGAGCCGGUCAGACGAGUUCCAGACGGAACUGUCGGGCUUCGUCGCGGGCAAGAAGUUGCGGAUGACGGGCGGGGCUGAGGAGGUGGAGCGGGUGCGGCAGAGGAGAAACGAGCUCACAUUGAAGGCGAUGUUUAACGGAAGCGGGAGUGGAGGGACAGCGUCGCCCGUCGUAGGGACGGGGAGUGCUUUACCAUCGCCUGUUGCGCCGAAUCCGCCGGACGCUAGUGCGCACGGUGAUGCCUCGACGACGACUGUGGACCCUGCGUCGGAAGCGGCUUCGUGAUAAUGUAUGCCUAGAGACCCAGACUAACGAUACCCCGGUUAUGCUUCGAGCACUGAUAACCACAGCGGACGAACUAUGAGUAACGAAAGCGGUCUAUGCCGUCCGCUGUCGCAUAUGCGUUCAUUUUCCGCUCGCACUGACAAUUGUUUGUCUUAUUUCUCUCUUGUAGACUACCGCGACGUCCAUUCAGUCUUAAC